UUUCGGUGAAAAAUUACUUUAUUCAAAGGUGUACAGCCCCAAUUUGUGCCCAAUAUGUUGCCGACCUGCUUAGCAUUUUAGGUUGUUGAAGCAAGCUAACGCGCAAAGAGUUGCAAAGUUUUUUUUUGCGGUGCACAUCGCGCAUAAACAAUCGUUCGUUUUACACUAGCUGAGCGAUAAACUACAGCAAACAUUAGAAAAUGGAGCCUCAAAGUUUUCAUCCAUGCGACGAAGCCGUCAUGUCGACGAACGACGAUGCGAGCAACAGCAAACGAUCGGCGGUGAAGCUGGGCUACUGGAAGGACGAUUACAUUGCGUACUUUAUGCGCAACCCGGAUCGCAAGGCGCCAGAAAUAAACCGCGGCUACUAUGCCCGCGUCAAGGGUAUCGAGAUGUGCAUCGAGAAAUUUUUCAAGAAAACGGGAGACAAAUGUCAAAUCAUCAAUCUAGGAUGCGGGUUCGAUACACUCAACUGGCGGCUGCGGGAAGCAGGCCAUAUGGUGACCAACUUUGUCGAGCUCGACUUCCCGACCGUAACGUCCCGAAAGUGUUACCAAAUCAAGCGGAAUAAAGUGCUGCUCGAAAAAAUCCACGUCGAAGACGGUGAGGUGCGCCUGAGUUCGACCGAUCUCCAUUCGUCGAACUAUCACAUCGUCGGCGUGGACCUACGGAACAUCGACGAGGUAGCGCUGAAGUUGCAGCAAUCGGAAAUCGACUACAAUGUGCCAACCAUCUUCCUGGCCGAGUGUGUGCUCGUUUACAUCGAGCCCCAGAACAGCAGCAAUCUGCUGAAAUGGUUCGCUUCCAACUUCAAAACGGCGGCCUUCGUCAACUACGAGCAGGUCAAUAUGAACGAUCGGUUCGGUGAGGUAAUGCUCAACAAUCUACGACAACGCGGUUGCAGCUUAGCCGGGGUCGAUGCUUGUGUGUCGCUCGAAACACAGAUUUCUAGAUUUCUACAGUGCAACUGGCACGGGGCCAGAGCGUGGGACAUGGUGCAGAUUUACAACAGCAUACCGGCCUCGGAGCGGGCUCGCACCGAACGCAUAGAGAUGCUCGAUGAGGGUGAGCUUUUGAUGCAACUGUUCCAGCACUACUGCAUCUCGAUCGCCUGGAUCGGCGACUUAUUUCAGGACAUAGAAAUAACUGUUGAAAAGCAACUGUCGUCUCUUAACAUAGAUUAAAACUGGACGGAGUGAGACUUUUGGAGAACGCCCAAUUUGUUUUGAUUGAUAUUGGUCGUCGGAUUCAACAACAGUGCUGAGGCACCCAAAGAACGAGCACUUUAGCGGAGAGUAGGGCAAAGUUCUACUGAUCUAAGACAGUUUUGCAAGUAAAAUUCAUACAACAAAAACUAAGAAUCGAAAACGCAACAAUCAAAUCAACAGAUAAAACAUUCAGCACUUGAUCGUACACUAGCGUUAACAUGCACACAACAUGUUCGUUGUUCGUUCCCACGAGAGGUAUAACCCUAAAGAUCAUUUCAAUACUACCAGUCCGGAAGUCUUUGACAGGCGAAUGGUGUUCAUUUGAAGCAGUCUCUUGCGGAUCAUUUCAGACCCACCUAUUUCAAGUUUUCUUCCUCAACCGAAUGGCAACGGAUCGUUGCAGAACGCAAGGCUGCAAAGCUAGAGUUAGAGAUUCUUCUACUCUUGGUUUACACCCAGGGAUAGGGCAUAGCGGUGGGAUAGGUUUGUAGAUAGGUGUUUUAACAAAUUGGCCAUAGUCCGCGUCCAACGUCCCAGUGUGUAUCUUUGGUGUAAUCUUGCGUUGCGUUAUAAUUGAUUUUAAUUUACUUCCAAACGCUUAACUUGGAUUCGUAGAAAUCAAACCGAUCAGCUUUCAGCGACCUCGAACUGUAAUUAUGCGUCGAAAGUGGAUAUCAGGCACCUUUUUAGCAGGUAGUGUAGAAGAGAACAUAUUUGACCUCCUAUGUUCCUUAGCGUUUCCUUGUACGCUGUAAUUAUUUAUUUCUAAUAAAUGAAUUUAUAUUUAAAAUCGUGUC